CCGCGAAAUUUCUCGCGUGGGUAAACAGAAGUAGGAAGGUUGUUUGCAGUUCAGUUCAGUGCGUGCCUUAGGUAACUUUUGUGAGUGUGUUAAAUCAGGUUUCAGACAAGAUGAAUACCCCACCUCCAGAACAGCAGAACCGUCGCACCACCAGGAGUGCUCUUGCAGAAAUACCCACACGGCUUGGCAUGCUCAGUGUAUCAGAUAAUGGCCGCCUGCCAUCUGUUACAGCUAUAGUGCCAAAUUCCAAUGUUGGAGGGCUGUGGAAUGUGAGCUUGAACCUGCCAUCAUCAUAUAUAAGCCCAUCACCAUCACCAGAUGAGAUGGUGAUACAGCAGCGUGGGCGUCGUCAUGUGCCUGCCACAUGGAGCCCUGAUAUAGAACAGAACAAACAGAAUGGAGUGUCAACCCGUGAUCGCACACCUGUUAAAGCCAGUCCUGUGAAGAGCACAAUUGUACUGCGAAGCACUCCUCGUAAACGAUUGCUUCUCACUGACCCAAAAGAACUCUUUCCAACACCUGAGAAGUGCCGCAAGAUGUCACCGAACUCUAAGAAGUGUCGUACUGAAAAGCCAUCAUCACAUUCCUCCAAUCCCCUACAGGCUGCACUGAAAGGCUUGUCUCAGGACCAGCUGAUUGACAUAAUCCAACAACUUGUGGACAAGCACCCAGGCUUUGGAGAAGAAAUCAAGGAAAGUCUGCCUGCACCAGAUAUCCGACCACUAGAGGAGCGACUGAGUUACCUCAAGAAGAACAUCUUCAAGUCGCUGCCAAACUCAAGACUCACUUCCAAGACAGACUCACCUGCAUACAGCAGGGCUGCCACACAUGUCCUGGCCUUCAAGAAAUGUGUGCUAGAACAGGGGCGCCUACUAGUGGAGAGUCAGCACUGGGGCAGUGUCCUGGAGUAUGUCUUCUUGGCAUGGACAUAUGUACGUGCCACUCCUCUGUGGGACAACCCUCCACAUAAUGCAGCACGACGGCAGUGCUUCAAAAGCCUUGCAGCCCAAUGCAUGACUGCACUCAAGAAGGGAAUAUGGAGCACUGAACAAUGUGAUAGUUUCCAGGAGAAGUUAGAGAGGUGCGCCCCUGACAGUGAGGAUAUCCAGGCCUGCAUUAAGCAGUUAAGUGUGCUCCGUAAGAAGUUAUGAGUGAGGUGCUCUUCGUCUUUUAAUCUUGCUGAAAGAUUAUUUUUUUACAUGUAGAGUCUGAUUUUGUGAGCAUGAUGUAUUAUUUGAGUAUUUAUGUUUGUGUGAACUGUGUUUUAAUGCAAGUUUUAUCAUGAUGACUCCUGUAUGAUGUGUUACAUUUUGUAAGAAAACUGACCAUUAAAUAAAGUAAUGUUUUACUGGGAUGCAA